AUGUUAUCUACAAGAGGAAAAGGUUGGGCGAAUUUCUACUUCGCCCAUGGCGACUUAAACAACUACCAUGCCUCGAGCAAUCCAACCGGACCUGUGAACUUCUUGUUUGCCGAAAACUGGCUUGUGCAUGAAGACUUGACCGAGUUCGUCAAUACUCAUAGCCAAUUCGAUCCGCAACUAUGCGCAUAUGGCGAAGGAUAUACUGGUACGGUACGGCUGCGAGCCGCCAUGGCAAAACACUUGAACGCCCACUUCAAACCAGCCCACGAAAUCGAUCCGGAGGAAAUCACCUUCGCGGCUGGGGUAACGGCUUUGAACGAAGCUAGCGCGCUACUCACCUGCAACCCUGAUAACCAGGAGGCUAUCCUUCUUGGCGGGCCUGUCUAUGGAGCCUUCUCUAGGGACUUGACUAUGAGAACUGGCGCAAUCCUAGAGUACGUAGAUGUUGGGGACACAGAACAGUUCUCACCGGAUUGCGUCGCAGCCUAUGAGGCAGGCUUCGAAGCCGCGAAGGCACGCGGCAUUAACAUCAAAGCGCUGUUCAUCUGUAACCCUCAUAAUCCCCUAGGACGAUGCUAUGCUCAUGAGACAUUAGUUGGGCUUAUGCGUUUAUGUGCAUCAAAAGGUAUUCAUCUAAUAAGCGAUGAAAUAUACGCCCUCUCAGUAUUCCGUCGAAAUGACGGUCCGUCUGAGGAGUUUACUUCUGUACUGUCCAUCGACCCUAGUGGAAUCAUUGAUCCUGCUCAGGUGCAUGUGCUUUACGGCAUGUCAAAAGACUUUGGCGCUGCUGGAAUGCGACUAGGCUGUCUUAUAUCUCGAAACAAGGAAUUCACUAAAGCAGCUCGAGCUAUAUGUUGUUUCUCCUCGCCCUCCCAAUUUUCAAUGGACAUCGCCGCCAAAUUUCUUGACGAUCAAGCGUAUGUGACGAAAUUCCUUGAGAAAUCGCAAAAUCUGUUGCUUCAGAAUCGUUUGAUAGCCGAAGAUCUCCUUAAUCAGGCAGGUGUCGGUUUUCAUAAAAAGGGGAAUGCCGGUCUUUUUAUAUGGCUUGACUUAGCCCCCUUCUUACCAAUAGGGGAGACUGAUGGGGAUGUAUGGGAAGCUGAAAAAUUACUUUCUCAACGUUUUGAGAAGGCAGGCGUUGCAAUGUCAACAGGAGGGCAGUACCACGCUCCGAAGCCUGGCGGGUUCCGCCUCGUAUAUUCCUUUCCGGAGGACGCUCUUCGAGAAGGCAUUAGGAGAACAGAAGUGGACGCUAUGGCUAAUAGACAGCUUAUAGACGAUCUAGGUCUGAACUGGUCGACAAGCCAGAGAGAUGAGUUCCUUGCCAAUGUUAAGGUAGUUGAGCUACCAAAACUUGAAUCGCCACAGCCGCCAACUCGUCCUUUUUUUGCGGGAACUCCUGAGGAAAGGCACCAAUGGCAGGAGUAUUGGGGGGAAAAUCCACUAGGGGAUCCUCGCUAUAACGAAGGAUUGUGCUGGGAAACCGUGGACUUUGACACUCACCUUCAGUAUAUCGUACCACAAGAAGAGAGCGUUAUAUUUCGCGACAUUGAAACUAAAGAAACCGUUCUUGUAGUUCUUCGUGACUUCAUACCUGACGAAGACCUUCGAAAGGUAAUGAUGAGAGUGUGCCACGGAAUUGUCAAGUGUCAUCAGGAUGACACGCGCGAGGACCCAGGGAUGCUCUGCCAAGUUGGCUAUACUUUUGGCCCACAAAGUGAUUCCCAGGUUCGACUGGCUGCGUCUUGUAUCAAGUUGAAUGCAGAUGAGGAAAUAAACGGAGAGACCGAGCUAAACAAUACGGCACAGGGCGUGGCUGGAAUUGUGUGGAACUUGAUGAAGUCUCGGUUCCCCCCUGAGACUACUGCUAUGUACAAUGAUACUAUUCACGAUAGCGACUUCCCUCGGAUGGACAUGGUGAAUAACGAUGAAACCUUCACGUUUAAAGUAGGUGGUGAAGACGUCACAUUCGACACAAGUGAAGACGGUUUAGAACUACUCUCGCCAUCGGAAAACGGGGCUAUUUAUUAUGCGCGGCAUACACAUACAGAGGUGAACGGCAACUCUUGGAUUGUCGCUUGCACCCUCAAGGCCCCUGACGAUACUAACACAGGGGGCAAUUUUUACCUAGCAUCGUAUGGCAUUAUGGUGCUUCCUACUACCAACACAGCACGUGCAUGGCGUCCUUUAGACUAUCAAGGCACUUCACUUUACGAGAAGGAGUCGAGUCCUGGAUAUCAAGUAGGGGUUGAAGCUCGUAAGGAUGGAUAUUUAAACACCGAGGUAUUCGAAAUCUUGAAAUCGCUCAAGGCGGCUCGGAAGAGGUCUAAUUGGCUUGACGAUAGCCGUAAAUGGAAGGUAACAAAGGCGGUCUCGCCGAAAGCUAGACCACUGAAGGUACAUUCGCCGAAGUUGGGUCUAUUAGAGACCACGGCGGAACCCAAGUCGCCCCGGUAUAAAUUACGCCCGAGAACUACGAAGCCUAAUUACCGUGUUGACUUGGAAGCUUCUGACUUUAAAAUUCUCCCACCACCCGACGUAAGCUCCCAACCGCAACCUACCUGGAAUUAA